CGGGGCCGAGGGGCGGGGCUAAAGGCGCGCGGGGGCGGGGCCGAGGGGCGCGGCGGUGCGCGGCUCGCCGGCGGCAGCUAGCGGCCAGCGCACCUGGGCUGGGGGCGUGGCUUCAGCUUCCCUCCCGCCCCGCCCCUCUCCCCGGCCUCGGCCCUUUCCGGCGGCGCUCGGCGCCGCUCGGCUCCCUGCUCCCCCGUCCCGCCGCCGGUGUGAGUUGGGCAGAGCCGCGGUGCGGGGCGCGAGUCCGGCGCGGCCUGGCGAGAGCGCGCUCACCUGGGCCCCUCGUCCCACGCCCCCUCCGCGCCUCGGGGUGAGCGGCCGCCAGCACCCGCAUCUCCCCGCACCGCGUCCCGGGCCCCGCGCGGCCGACAGGUGGCGGGACCGGGGGUGGGGCGGCGUCCCGGGCCGCGGACCUGACUGAGCCCCGCCCGCGUGUCCCCUGAGGCUCGGCGGCGGGCGGCCCCGCGGGAACAUGGCGACCGGCGGCUACCGGGCGGGCGGCAGCGGCGGCGGCGUUGGCGGCGGCAGCCCGGUCGACUUCCUGGAGGAGUGGAAGGCCAAGCGCGAGAAGAUGCGCGCCAAGCAGCACCCGCCGGGCGCGGGGGGCGGCGGGGACGCGGCGGGGAAGCCGGCAGCCGCACCUCCGGGCCCCGCGCCCGCCGCGCCCGCCCCGGACGCGCCCCCCGAGGCCGAGCCCCCCGGCCGCCGCGACGAGCAGGACGGCCGCGACGAGCAGGACGGCGGCGCCGAGCAGCCCCGGGGCCCUGGCGCCAGGAAGGGCCGCGCGCACAUCGAGCGGAGGAAGCUGCGCGAGAAGCGGCGCUCCACCGGCGUGGUGAGCGUCCCCGCGGCGCAGUGUGUAGAUGAGUAUGAAGACGAUGAAGCGGGUCAGAGAGAGCGGAAACGAGAAGACGCGAUCACACAGCAAAACACCGUGCAGAAUGAGGCCGCCAGCUUGUUAGACCCGGGAGGCUCCUAUCUGCUACAGGAGUCACCUAGGACAGUUUCAGGCAGACACAAAAGCACAACUACUGCCUCUGAAGAAGAUACUUCAACUAGACAUUCCCGCACAGAUAGAAGUGGGCUUAGCAGAUAUAACAGGGACACAAGUGCUUCAGGUAAUUUGGUCUCCAGUAGCACGUUGGAAAAGAAAAUUGAAGAUCUUGAAAAGGAAGUGAUAAGAGAAAGGCAAGAAAACCUAAGACUUGUGAGAUUAAUGCAAGAUAAAGAAGAAGUGAUUGGAAAACUCAAAGAAGAAAUUGACUUGUUGAACAGAGACCUAGAUGACAUAGAAGAUGAAAAUGAACAAUUGAAGCAAGAGAAUAAAACUCUUUUGAAAGUUGUUGGUCAGCUCACAAGGUAGAAGACCCAAGGCUCAGCGUGGAGAGCUUGUUUUCCGACUACUGAUUGAAUGUUACGGUUAAUGCUAGGACACUAUUCCUGCGCUGCAGUACAUGAAACUAAGAGUGCAUAUUUAUUUCUAGGAGGCAACAGUGGGUGUUUAUUUUCAAAAUAAUUCCCUUUUAUCUUUCAGUUUCCAAAAAAAGUAUCAGCCUUUCCGUUUCAAAACUAAGUCUCUUUCGGUUAUUAAAAUUAUGUCAUGCAUAUACUGUGUGGCUUAAGUUACAAGCAUUUGAAUAUAUUUUAUCUAUGGCAGCACAUUUCCUCCCUAAAGGAAUAGACAUAGUUUUUGUUUACAUAAAUUCAAAUACUCUUGUGGAACUGCCCACAAAUGCCUUAUUGCUGUGCGGUCUUUCAUGUUUUGAUUAUUUACUGGUAAAGGUUUUUGUCUGCUGUCAUGUAUUCUUUCAGCUUAUUCUGAACAAUUCAGAGUAACAUAGUCCCAUUGUUUUGUGUGAUACUCAUUUUUUAAAAAGGAAAGCUGUUAUAAAAGCCAUUACCGUGUACUGACUGGCUAAAUACACAAUUUGAAAGAAUACUUGAAUUCGUGCUAUAGUACAUUAAAAUGCUAUUUGUAUUUGAAUAUUGAAAAAUUUUAAAUUACUUUCACUUCUGAGAACUAUACAAUUGUAAUUUUAAUGUAAAAUUGCUUAUGUAAGUAAUACCGUUCUACGUUUUUAAAUUUCAAGGUCUAUAAGUGGACAUAGGAUAUUUAAAAAAUGACUUACUACACAUUAAGCCUGGGAGUGUGUCUGUGUAAUUUCAGUGUUUAAGAAAAUGAAUUGAUAUUUUUGAACAUGAUACUUAUUACAGUAAAAAAAAAUAUCCACACAUAAAAAGCAUUUAUACUACACUAGCAGAAUUAUACAUGAGCAAAAUUAGUGCUAAUAUACUUUAAUUUCUAACUUGGUAAAUAAAACUGUGGACACAGUUGUUCUCAUAUGAGAGAAUUAUUCCCCUACCUCAAAUUUAAGGGAUUUUCUUCCUAAGUUUGGAUCUUUUUUAUUGUUUUAUUAGGGAAAUAGUGAUUUAUAAGACGGUUAUUGUCAGAUGGGUGCCUGACUUUUGUUUGGGGUUUUAAAAGCAAUUAUUUUAAAUAAUUUUACAAAUCCUUUUUUAUUUAAUAUCAUUAGUGUUUAGACGGUUUUAUUCUGUACUUAGUAUUGAGCAAGGAAAUCCCUUUCUUUAGGACUCACUGAGAAAGGUCUGCCUGACAGGUGAAUCUCAAACACUAUAUUGGGACACCCAUCCUUUAUUCAGUCAGUGCAUGGAAGGGGCCUUGAGAGAGUAAAGCCCAGGGCUGAGUCUCUGACAUGCCAAUCAACCCCUUCACUCUUCCUGGCUGGAAAACCAGGCACACUGAGGCAAUUGGGAAAAUGUGGAUUGGAUCAGAAAUCCCCGAUGUUCAGUUAGAAAGCUCUUCACAGUUACCCAGAUGGACUUCCUCUCACCCUUUUUCUCACUUAAGUUUUAACUUUGACUCGAAAUAGCUUAGGUUGCCUAAAAGGAAUUCCUUAGCUGUGUAUCUUAGACCUGGGUUGAACCCCUGUAUAGACUUUAUAAAACUGACCAUCUCUCUGAUACUCCUGUGACUUGGCUUUGGGGAAACUGCCACUAUUAUUUUCCUCAUGUGUCGUUCACUGGAACCCCUGGAAGUCACUUAGUGUUAAGCAUGUCAUCCCCUUUUCAUUUCUUUAAUAAUUAACCUAGUCUUUGGGGAAGUUUGUGUAUGUUCAUUUGAGAGUUGAUAAAAUGUAACACCGCAUUAACAGGCUUACCACAGCUGCAUUUACCAAGAAGGGCGUCUUUGGAGCUCACCACCAGCAUGGCACUGUGGUAUGUCUGCCAGGCCCAGUCACUGCCUCUGACUAAGGUCCUCAUCUCCCUUCUGUUACCCUUAAACCUGUGGCAGAAACAUCAGUAUUUCCUUGUGUUCUGUCAACACUUGAAUGUUAUGAAAAUGCUAGGUCAGCCUUAAUUAAGUUAGCACAUAGUCUUUUUAAUUAGAGAAGCGGUUUGAACUUUAAUGCACGUGUAGAUAAAUCUUUCUCUUCCCUUUUUAAAGUUAGACCAGUUAUUACUGCUUUCAGAGACUGGCCUGCUUUUAAGAUUUUUCCUCAGCUUUUCAGGAAUGUAUCCAGUAAAUAUAUUUUAUAUCAUGGUACUUAUUGUGAAUACAGGAAUCUGAUUGCUUGGGCAAACCAACUCAUAUGCAAUCCUUAUUCCCAUCUUAAAUUGCAUAUUUAUAGCACAUAUAACUUUUGACACCUAAUCUGCUACAAUUUAACUUUUUUAAUUGAUACUUUUAAAAAGGUAACUAAGUACUUGUAUACUACCUUAGAAAACUUGGUUAAUGUCAACAAAACAUACUAGGAUUUGUGAAGUUAACAGUCCAAUUCAGAAAUACUUUUAUAACUCUUGGGAAUUUGUGGCAUAAUAAAGAGUGUCUGAAGUUCCA